AUGGAGGCCAAAGCAACCCUAUCAAAAUCACAAGAUUCAGAAGUACUGCGAAUGAAAAGAGAAUUUGAUUUCAUGAUGAGUGAAGUUGCAACGGUGCGAAGUGAAUUGAGGAAAGGUUUGAAUAUGAGAGGAAUCACGAGCGGAAUGAGCAACACUAAUCAACAACAACAACAAGAACAACAAACACCAAUACAUGAUAUUUCUCAAGAACAACAAGUACCAGAAUUUACUACUCGGAACGAUAGUACUUCAUCUCUCAGAAUGACGAAUGAAAAUAACGUAAAUUCACAAAGUGUUCAACCACAGAAUCAUUCGGAAGCAAAGGGAACACAAUUUCUUCAGCAUGAUCAUCAACAGCAACAACAAUCACCAACUUUUAACAAUUUCACGCCUCAGUCCAAUCUUAACACUCCUCAAAAUCAUGGAACGAGCUCUUUUUUCAUAGCUCAAUUACACGAUCCUUUUGUACAAAUUACAAAUAAGAAAUUGAUACAAGAAGCCUCCUUUUCAGCAGCAUUUGCUGAACUACAACAAUUGGAGCGAGAUGGCAUUGCCAAAGACCCAUCACUGAAAUACUUGAAUGUUGAUCCAUCGAGAGUGAACUCUUUUGAUUACGACUCAUUUCCGCUCGCAUUCAGCAAAAUACAACCUAACCUUAGAGAGGCUCCAUUUAGCGUUGUCGAAUUUGGUCAUCAACCUAUGGAAGGACUUUAUGAUGAAACUAGUGUUGGUAUUCGAACAGAAGUCAUGGGUGGUGGAGCCGAUUUCGUUUCAAUUAAUGUUUUGGAAAGUCUUGUCGCAAAGAAAAGAUCAGAGAUCUGA